AUGCGGCUUCGCGCCUCCCUGUGCGCUGCCGCAUAUUCGGGGUGGAGCCCUCUUGAUCUGCGCAUGAUGGCGGGCCAGCCCUCUACCUCUUGGCAAGAGGUGGGUGAGUUCGUCCAGCCUAUAAAGUGCUGGUUACCUCGAGCCCUCGUUGUCUCUCUUUCGUCCUUCGUUUCCACUUUCCACAGACCAGUCUUUCUUCGCUCUUACGACCUCACGACUAUCUCCCCUACCACUCAUCUACACUCGUCGAUCUACAUCACCAUGCACGCUUCUACCGUUGCUAUCGCCCUCUUCGCUGCCACCCAGGCUGUUCUCGCUGCGCCCACGCCCGCCAGCAACGCCCGCUCGUUUUCUGCUAUCGGCGAUGCUAUCACCAACUUCGCUGAGGAGGUCGUCGGACCCCACAUCGGGAAGCGCGAUCUCGACGAGCGCUCCCUCUCGGCCAUCGAGAACUUCUUCUCAAACCUCAAGCGCGACGAGAACAUCAGCGCUCGCUCGAUCUCCGCUAUCGAGGGCCUCGUGGACGACAUCUUCAACAAGCGCUCUCUUUCGGCGAUCGAGAACUUCUUCUCCAACCUGAAGCGCGAGGAGCUCGACGCACGCUCGCUUUCCGCUAUCGGCGACGCUAUCGGCAACUUCGCUGAGGAUGUCCUCGGUGACCACACGGCGAAGCGCUCGCUCAAGGCGGUCGGCGCUGCUGUGGCUGGCGGUGUCGCUUCUGGCGUCGCUGGUGCCAUCGGCAAUGCUGUCCUGAACAACAAAAGGACUGAAUCUGGCCUCAUGGUCGACUCCGACACGGGCAUCAUCUAUAUGGAUGUGCCCGACGCCAACGAAGGUCGCUCGCUCAAGGCUGUUGGCGCUGCCGUUGCAGGAGGCGUCGCUUCUGGUGUCGCUGGUGCAAUCGGCAACGCCGUCCUCAACAACAAGCGUGGCGAGUCUGGUCUUAUGGUCGACACCGAGACCGGCACGAUCUACAUGGACGUCCCGGGCACCAACGAGGACCGCUCUUUGAAAGCUGUCGGCGCAGCUGUUGCUGGAGGCGUCGCUUCUGGCGUUGCUGGUGCAAUCGGCAACGCCGUUCUGAACAACAAGCGCGGCGAGUCUGGCCUUAUGGUCGAUACCGACACCGGUGUCAUCUACAUGGAUGUUCCGGACGCCAAUGGCGCGCGGUCGCUCAAGGCCGUCGGCACUGCCGUCGCAGGCGGUGUUGCGGCUGGUGUUGCGGGCGCUGUCGGUAACGCCGUCCUUGGUAACAGGGAUGUUCAGGAGACGGAAGCCCGCUCCCUCAAGGCUGUUGGUGCAGCCGUCGCGGGUGGUGUUGCCUCUGGUGUCGCCGGCGCGGUCGGCAAUGCCGUUCUGAACAACAAGCGCUCUGAGUCCGGCCUCAUGGUAGACACCGAUACCGGUGUCAUCUAUAUGGAUGUACCGGAUGCACCCGAUGCUCGUUCUCUCAAGGCGGUUGGCGCUGCUGUCGCUGGAGGUGUUGCCUCCGGUGUUGCAGGUGCAAUCGGCAACGCCGUGCUCAACAACAAGCGCUCUGACUCUGGCCUCAUGGUCGACACCGACACCGGCGUCAUCUACAUGGACAUCCCCGACGCCAACGGUGCACGCUCGUUGAAGGCAGUUGGCACGGCGCUCGCAGGCGGUGCUGCGGCCCUCGCCACGGGCGCCGUUGCCAACGAAGUCCUCGGCAACGACAAGCGCUCUCUGUCCGCCAUCGAGAACUUCUUCGAGAACUUGAAGCGCGACGACUCGGCGCAGGCGAUCAACCACCAGAUCAAGCAGGUCCUCCAGCGCUCCGAGCUCGAGGAGAUGAUGGCCAAGCGCGCAAUUGACGAUCUCGAGUAA